UAAAAGCUCUGCAAGUCUGCAAUAAAAAUGGCCUCCAAUAAAACUACAUUGAAAUCCAAAACAUUGAUCUUUAAGUGACAAGAAUUAGUGAAGCCGAAAAGAGUACCAGAAAACAAUCUGCCAUUGAAUCAAAGAAUUUUAGUCCAACGGAGAAUACAGAUGGAGAUGUUCCCCACUUGUAGCCUGCUUGCCUCAUCACCACACAAAAUGGGAAAGAAACAGAAUGGCAAAGGUAAAAAAGUUGAAGAGGCAGAGCCUGAAGAAUUUGUUGUGGAGAAAGUCCUGGACAGACGUGUUGUAAAUGGAAAGGUGGAAUACUACUUGAAGUGGAAAGGAUUUACAGAUGCUGACAACACAUGGGAACCUGAAGAGAACUUAGAUUGUCCAGAGCUAAUCGAAGCUUUUCUGAACUCUCAGAAAGCUGGUAAAGAAAAAACAGAUGGUGCCAAAAGAAAAUCUUUGUCAGAUAGUGAAUCUGAUGAUAGUAAAUCAAAGAAAAAGCGUGAUUCUGUUGAUAAACCAAGAGGGUUUGCAAGGGGUCUUGAUCCUGAGCGGAUAAUUGGGGCUACGGAUAGCAGCGGAGAGCUUAUGUUCCUCAUGAAAUGGAAAGACUCUGAUGAGGCAGAUCUGGUCCUGGCCAAAGAAGCUAACGUCAAGUGUCCUCAGAUCGUAAUCGCUUUUUAUGAAGAACGACUAACUUGGCAUUCAUGCCCAGAAGAUGAAGCACAAUAAUUGUUUGCAUUGUUUUUUUAUAUAUAUAUGAAUAUUGAAACCUGAAAUUUGAUUUAUUAGCGAUGUGAGAAGCAUACAUUCUAACAAGAUUCAAAUUUGAUAUUUUUUUGAAGUAGUAUGUUUCGCAUCAACAGCAAGUAAAUAAAAGCUUUCUGCAACUUGUUUCAUUUAUCACAAGAGAACAUUUGAUACUACUACUUCCUCCAUGUUAGGUAAAAGCUUUUAUAAAACAUUCAUAAACUUCCAUAGUUAUUACAGAAUCAUAAUGAAUGUCUAAACAAACUCACAGAUGUUUUGUAGUCUUCUAUACUAUUGAUGUGCAUGUAUCUUCUUUACCCAAACCUAGCCCUUUAAACCUGUAGGGUCAUUCUUUUUAGUAUUUGGGAUCACUUGGUCUCAAGACGACCAGGUGAAAACUAACUUUGUAGUAAUUUGAAUGUUAUCAGACUGUAUAUUGUUUACUUUAUUGUAAAUACUGGUGAACAGUGGUCAAUAAAAUAGUUUUAUAUUCUUCCUUUAUA